UCAAUGGUUUGGCGUGGCUCUUCUUGGGUGUACCCACAAGCAGCUCACUGCUGUACAAGGAGGAGUUUGAGAAGAUGAAGGAGAAGAACCCAGACAACUUCAGGCUGGACUUUGCGGUGAGCAGAGAGCAGACGAACGAGAAGGGAGAGAAAAUGUACAUUCAGACAAGAAUGGCAGAGUAUGCAGAAGAGCUGUGGGAGUUGUUGAAGAAAGACAAUACCUUUGUUUACAUGUGUGGUCUUAAGGGUAUGGAGAAGGGUAUCGAUGACAUUAUGGUCUCACUUGCUGCUAAAGACGGGAUCGAUUGGUUCGACUACAAGAAGCAAUUGAAGAAGAGUGAGCAGUGGAAUGUUGAAGUUUAUUGAGGAAGCUUCACAGGGUGUUGUUUAUGUUAUGUAGAUAAAAAAGCUGAUAUAUGCAACAUUGUCAAAUCUGCUUCUUUCUUCUUUCUGAAAGAUUUGAUCCAUCAAAACCAUUCAAAAGAGAGCAUCAAUACCAACCAAACUACUCUCUCUUGUUGUUGUUAUUCAUGCUAUAUUUCUUGCGACAAUGAGCAUGUUCGUUAUGUU